UCUCUUGAGUGAAAAGCCAGCGGCCCAGUGAGCGGAGCCGCAGUUGGACGCAGGAGGCAGGAAGCAUGACCGCCCUUGUUGGAGCGCGCGACCGGUAACUGGAGUCGAGCUGCCUUCCUUGGAGCACGCGGAGGCGAACGUGUCAUGGCAGAACAGGAUGUGGAGAGCGAACUUCUGGAUUAUGAGGAAGACGAAGAGCCCCAGGCCCCUCCAGAGAGCUCUCCAAUUCCCCCCAAGAAAGACGUCAAGGGUUCCUACGUUUCCAUCCACAGCUCUGGCUUCCGGGACUUUCUGCUGAGGCCAGAGCUUCUGAGGGCCAUCGUGGACUGUGGUUUUGAGCACCCAUCUGAGGUUCAGCACGAGUGCAUUCCCCAGGCCAUCCUGGGCAUGGACAUCCUGUGCCAGGCCAAGUCUGGGAUGGGCAAGACAGCGGUGUUUGUGCUGGCCACCCUGCAGCAGAUCGAGCCUAUCAAUGGACAGGUGACAGUCCUCGUCAUAUGCCACACAAGGGAGCUGGCCUUCCAGAUCAGCAAGGAGUAUGAGCGCUUCUCCAAGUACAUGCCCAGCGUCAAGGUGUCUGUAUUCUUCGGGGGUCUCUCCAUCAAGAAGGAUGAAGAGGUGUUGAAGAAGAACUGUCCCCACGUUGUGGUGGGCACACCAGGCCGGAUCCUGGCACUUGGGCGGAACAGGAGCCUCAGCCUGAAGAAUGUGAAGCACUUUGUGCUGGACGAGUGUGACAAGAUGCUGGAGCAGCUGGAUAUGCGGCAGGACGUGCAGGCUAUCUUCCACCUGACACCUCAUGAGAAGCAGUGCAUGAUGUUCAGUGCCACACUGAGCAAGGAUAUCCGGCCUGUCUGCAGGAAGUUCAUGCAAGACCCCCUGGAGGUGUUUGUGGAUGAUGAGACCAAGCUCACUCUACAUGGCCUGCAGCAGUACUACGUCAAGCUCAAAGACAGCGAGAAGAACCGCAAGCUCUUUGACCUCUUGGAUGUUCUGGAGUUCAACCAGGUGCUGAUCUUUGUGAAGUCUGUGCAGCGUUGCAUGGCCCUGGCCCAGCUCCUAGUGGAGCAGAACUUCCCGGCUAUCGCCAUCCACAGGGGCAUGGCCCAGGAGGAGCGUCUGUCAUGCUACCAGCAGUUCAAGGACUUCCAGCAGCGGAUGCUGGUAGCCACAAAUCUGUUUGGCCGAGGGAUGGACAUCGAGCGAGUCAACAUUGUUUUCAACUAUGACAUGCCUGAGGACUCGGACACCUACCUUCACCGGGUGGCCCGUGCAGGGCGCUUUGGCACUAAGGGCCUGGCCAUCACUUUUGUGUCUGAUGAAAAUGAUGCCAAAAUCCUCAAUGAUGUUCAGGACCGGUUUGAAGUGAAUGUGGCAGAACUUCCGGAGGAAAUCGACAUUUCCACCUACAUUGAACAGAGCCGGUAACCAUGUGCCUGGCCGCCUGGAGCUGCCCUGCCUCUUAAGUGCUGCUUCCAAGUUUUCUAGGCAACAGUGGACCUUUUUAUUGUUCAAAAGCUGUAGAUUUAUGUAAGAAUAAAUGUUUGUUAUGGAA